CCACCUCAAAACCCUAGCCGCUCCCCUCGCCUCGUCUCCUCUAUAUAGGUAUCCCUCCUCGCGCCGCCACCCUCCUUCCCCUUAGCCGGAGGCCGACACGAGGUAAGAAGCCCAGAAGCCCUAGCGCCGCCGCAGCAGCAGCAGCCAUGGGUAUCGACCUCGUUGCCGGCGGGAGGAACAAGAAGACGAAGCGCACCGCGCCGAGGUCGGACGAUGUCUACCUCAAGCUCCUCGUCAAGCUGUACCGUUUCCUGGUGAGGAGAACCAAGAGUAACUUCAAUGCCGUGAUCCUCAAGAGGCUCUUCAUGAGCAAGACCAACCGCCCGCCGCUCUCCCUGCGCCGCCUCGCCAAGUUCAUGGAAGGCAAGGAGGAGAACAACAUUGCUGUGAUUGUUGGUACAGUCACUGAUGACAAGAGGAUCCAAGAGAUUCCGAAAAUGAAGGUUACUGCCCUGAGGUUCACGGAGACGGCUAGGGCAAGGAUUGUCAAUGCUGGCGGCGAGUGCCUCACCUUCGACCAGCUUGCUCUCCGUGCUCCGCUUGGGGAGAACACGGUCCUCUUGAGGGGUCCCAAGAAUGCCCGUGAGGCCGUCAGGCACUUUGGUAAGGCUCCUGGUGUGCCGCACAGCCACACGAAGCCAUAUGUGCGCUCCAAGGGAAGGAAGUUCGAGAAGGCCCGUGGCAGGAGGAACAGCCGUGGAUUCAAGGUCUAAGUCAGCUCCUGUUUGCAAGUGUUGCGAUCGGCAUUGUGCGACCGUUCUGUUUGAGCAAUCGACAGUAAUUAGUAGUCACUUCUCUACUGAGACUAGCAAAACUUAAUUGUGUCAUUUCUGAAAGAUAUUUUGAAGGAUCCUUUCUACCUACCUACAUGCGUUUGUGGGCAAGAAGACAAUGUUUUUUGUUUCCUCUCUAUUAGAGCUUGAAAAUUUUCGCCUCCA